AUGAGUGAUGAUGUUGCGUCCAAUCCGGCAUGUAAUUAUAACUCAACUCAAAAGAAAGUACGAAAAGGGGAGGCUGUGGAAGUCGAGUGCAACGCAAAUCACCUCGGGCGCUAUGUUACCAUCGCACAGGAUGAAAUGUCGUCCUUGAGCGUAUGUGAGAUUGAAGUCUAUGCGACAAGCAACUGCUAUGACUCUGGAUGCUUUAACGUGGCAAAGAAAAAAUCUGUACGAAUUUCAUCUUUUGGAAAAUUUUCUCCGAGAACUGCUGUUGAUGGCAACUUCUGGAAUACACUUUUAUCUCAGGGCUCAUGCGUUGAUACGUCAAUCCAAUCAUAUCCUUGGUUUGGUGUCGACUUGUAUCAAGAAAUGAUUAUCAACAAAGUCUAUUUGACGAGAGACUGCUGUGAUAAUAGAUUGUCAGAGUUGGUGAUUCGUAUUGGUAAUAUUAAAGAAAUCUACAGAUAUUAUAGCCCCAAUUCUGUAUGUCGUCAAGACCUACGAUCUUUCGCUGACGGCUCCUCCGUUCCUUACUCAUGCCCCAACAUGAUGGGAAGAUACGUUAGGUUACAAAUUCAAGAAAGGAAAGCUACUAGACUAAUCAUUUGUGAGGUUCAAGUGUGCGCUAGACUCGCUCCAAACUUAGCUCUCGGAAAGCCAACUACACAGAGCAGCACGGGUUGGAGAGGUUACUCUUUUCGAGCUGUUGAUGGAAAUCCAGAUGCUGACUACUUUAACUAUGCCUGCUCACACACAAAAUCAGAGACAAAACCAUGGUGGCGUGUUGACCUGCAAGGACAGUUUUUGGUGACAAGCCUUCGAAUCACCAAUCGAGGAGAUUGCUGUGGAGAUCGACUCAACAACUUAGAAAUUCGUGUUGGCAACUCGCUUGAAUUUGAGGGAAACAAUAAUCCAAAAUGCAUAGCAUAUCUGUGGAACAUACGUCAAGGUCAUACAAACACCGCAAUGUGUAAUGAUGGUUAUGGAGUGCGCGGUCGCUAUGUUAAUCUCCUCAUUCCGUUAAAGAAUAGCUUUUUGACGGUUUGUGAAGUGGUCGUGUUUGGAAGAAGAGAACGGCAGUGCCAGAAAAAUGGUAUGGCAAAUGAAGGAUGUACUCAACCUUGUCCGGCAAAAACUGGCGGCAUUGGCUGCCAUCAUUGUCCUCAAGGCAAAGUUGGUCGACUUCGUCACGUCAAGUCCGGUCUAUGCGCUGUUCCAGAUCACAACCGAACGUUCCCUCAAGCUAGCGAUCGGCUAGUGAUGACACAGAAAUGUGACGGCAUCGAGAGUCUUUUUCUCUACUCUCCAAGCAAACUAUUGUAUCACGUUGCAUCUGGUACUUGUGUGGUGGGCGAUGGCAACCCUAUGAAGAACAGCGGGAAUCCACUAGUUUUUUCCCAUAAGUGUUCUGUAGAAGACAGAGCAAUGAUGUACAAAUUCAAUAACACGCGCCUUGUCAAUGUGGAAACAAAGCGGUGCAUACUUGUCAAAGCUCUCAAUUCCUCACCUGGAGACGCUCUAUCCUCUUACAAGCAAUGUUCACUUACAGGACACGACAAUGACGUUGUAAUUGACGAAAAGAGUACGAAAAGGUGGUCACUUGCUCUCAACAUAGCCAGCAACAACGCCAAAACGUUUGAAUACUUCAGCGACAUGUGGGUAAAUCCACAAUAUUUUGGCAGCGCGUCCAAUCAGGCAGCAGAUGCCUGGUUGCCAGCGUAUGAUGGUGUGCUUGUUGACAAGAUUGGGAUUGAAAUGAAUGGUUAUGAUCAAGUAUUUGAGCUAACUCCUGACAUGCAAGGCAAAUAUACUCUUCGCGAUCUUGUUUUACGAGAAGAAUCUCUCACUUACACACCCACAGUUCAAGGCCAACUGUAA